AUGGUAUUUAAGAGAAAACAGUUUAGUAAGUAACUGAUAUUGCCCCCUCUAUUCUAGUCUGUUUCACAAUGGUUUUGACUUGCAAAUCGCCUAUCGAAUUGUGUGAACAUUCCAUGAAUUCACUUCAAAUAUCAAGCGAUUACACAGUCAAAUCCUGGAUUAGACCCCCCUUCCUUCCCUCAUAUUUUCCUCUUUUCACAUCAAUUCUUGAUUUUCUUUGCUUCAGAUGAAGUCAAAACGAGAAGUGCCGAUCCACGGCGCGAUCCACGACAACAUUUUCUGGAGGUUCGUGACUCGUUCCGACGCAACUUCACGGAAGGAUGGGAGAAGGCCGGAGCCGCGUUUUGUGCCAUUUACAAGGGAAAAGUGAUUGUGGAUUUGUGGGGCGGGUACGCGGACCGAGAGUGCUUGUGAGUUGACAUUUCAUUUGACUUCACGACACUUUUAAACUUUCAGCAAAGAAUGGAAAGAGGAUACGAUCUCGACAAUCUUCAGUUGCACGAAAAGUUGCACAGCGAUAUGCUUUGCCAUACUCGUCGAUCGGGGACAUUGUGACUAUUCGGACACGGUGACCAAGUACUGGCCAGAGUUCGGACAGAACGGAAAACAAGAGAUCACUAUCGAGAUGGUUUUGUCGCACACGGUAGAGUUGGACACUCUAGUUUUUCGAUUCCACAACUUUUUCGAGUUCAGGCCGGUCUACCGUACUUCCCGGGGGUCAAAUUCACAGAGGAAGAGCUCGUGGACAACAACAAGUUGUCGUACAUCAUUGAAAGUCUGAAACCAGUGUAUCCGCCGGGCACCCGAACCGCCUAUCAUGCUCUCACCUUUGGCUGGCUCACCGAUCAAAUCUUCCGACGAGUCGAUCCGCUGCACAGAACUGUCGGACAGUUUUUCAGGGAGGAAAUCGCCACGAAACACUGUAAGUUCACUCGGUUUCUUUGCAUUUUACCGUUGACACAAAUUGUCUGGAAUUACCAGUAAUGGUGUGCCUUUUUCAGAUAUCGACGUGCACAUCGGAGAGUGUUCGAGCGAGGAGAACCGUCUCGCGCGGCUUUUCAAAUGUCCGCCGACGCUGGUCAGUCGUGAGGUGGCCUACGAUCGUUCGAUCCUCAAACUCGCUCGCUACUUCUACAAUCCACGCGGCUAUUUCACAGCGGCGCGACGGAAUCUGAGCCUCUACGGCACCGAUUUUACCAUGUUCAACAACAGUGAUUUGCGGGCGGUCGGACAGCCGGCUGUCAAUGGAAUCGGCUCGGCGAGGGCGUUGGCGCAGUUGCAUCAGUUGGUGCUCGACGGAACGCUUUUGAGCAGAGAGACUUUCGAGAGGAUCAAGCAGCCGCGCAACAUGACCGCCUUCGACCACAUGAUCGGCGAGCCGCAGAACAAGGAGCACGGCUUCACCUACUUCAAAUCGCCGCUCAAAACGUGGCAAUUCGGACAUCCGGGCGUCGGCGGUCAAAUGAUUCGGGCGGACGUAGACAAUCAGCUGAUAGUGGCCUAUCUGACGAACGGAAUGAAGACCGCCGGGUGCGAGGAUCACGUAUUCACAUUCAACCGACUGCAGCGGAAGGUCUAUGAGUGCCUCGGCCGAAUUCCAAAGUUCGAGUUGCCGCCUCCAGAAGAAGACGUUGAAGAGUGA